AUGGAUCCGGUCGGACUGGCACCGCAGACCCUCCAGCACCAUGAGCCCAUCAGCUUCGGCAUCGACCAGAUCCUGAGCGGCCCCGAGCCCCCCGGCAGCAGCUGCCUUGGCCCAGGUCCCGGUCGCGUGGGGCAAGCGGAGGGUGCUCUGUACACUGGCGGAUUCGCUGGGCCCUCGGGCUAUGGCCCCUCGUGCUCAUUAACCUCUCUUCCGGGGAGUCAUGGCGGGGGGUCGGCGGGGGGCGUCAUCCGCGUCCCCGCCCAUCGGCCCCUCCCCGUGCCGCCCCCCACCGGGGGCCCGGCUGCAGCCCCAGGCACCCCUGGCCUAGGCGCUGGAGGUGGCCUAUCUGGCUUUACCUUCCCUUGGAUGGACAGCAGCCGCCGUUUUGCCAAGGACCGGCUCACAGCUGCGCUGUCCCCAUUCUCUGGGGCCCGUCGCGUGGGCCACCCUUACCAGAAUCGGACGCCUCCUAAGCGAAAGAAGCCGCGCACAUCCUUUUCCCGGGCGCAGGUGCUGGAGCUAGAGCGGCGCUUCCUGCGCCAGAAGUACCUGGCCUCUGCCGAGAGAGCGGCGCUAGCCAAGGCCUUGCGCAUGACGGACGCGCAGGUCAAAACGUGGUUCCAGAACCGGCGGACCAAGUGGAGGCGGCAGACUGCUGAAGAGCGGGAGGCCGAGAGGCACCGUGCAGGGAGGCUGCUUCUGCACCUCCAGCAGGACUCCCUGCCCAGGCCACUGCGGCCGCCACUGCCGCCGGACCCUCUGUGUCUCCACAACUCGUCGCUGUUCGCGCUGCAGAAUCUGCAACCCUGGGCCGAGGACAACAAGGUCGCAUCCGUGUCUGGCCUAGCCUCGGUUGUCUGAGGGGGACCCUAGUUCAGAGCCUGGAUGAUACAUUCCACACCCUCCAGGACUAGGCCAAACAUUGCAUCCGCAUCCCCAGAGCCUCUCCGUAGACCAGACACUGUGCCUUCUGUAGGACUGACCAGACAUUACCCGGAGGGGGCCAUUUCAUCUUGUCUCCAUACCAGACCCCGCCCCCCUGCACAGUCGGGUCAGAUUUGGCACUCUUACCUGGACCUGGUCAGACGCUUUGCCUCCUGCAGAGUUGGCCUGUCACCUAUGCCCACUUUUACAGAGCCAGAUGGUCCUUGGCCACCAAAUGUCCAUGCACGGAGGUACCAACACACUGCGCCCCUAACAGGACCUGGCUAGCCACUGCGACGCCUGCCGGGAGAGGACCCGGUCUUCAACCCUCCUGUACCCACGGUCCCCCCUCUCCCAGACUAGUCACAGCCCCCCUCCACCAUUUACCAGACACCUCAUCCCUUUCCCCUCCCUACUGGAGGCCAAGUCCCAGGUCCUGACGGGGCAGGAUCCCUCGACGUGUCUCCACUAAGUUAAGCUGAAGUCGGUGGGCCAAGCUCCCUGGCAUCUUGCGGCUGGAGAUGCUCGGAAUUGGCCAGUAGGGAACGGGGGCUGGGGAACCGGCCAAGACAUGCCUGUCCUGUGUGCCCCUUUCCCCUCUUCCUCUCUCCCUAAAUGAUUAGCUCGGGGAAUAAAGAGCCUGUGAGGCAGGAUCACGCUUUGUGGACCCGGUAGGUUGCUUUCUCAGUUCCCUAGAGGAGACCCCCGCUCCCCUGGAAGGAAGGGGUUCUCCUUCCCUGCCCCUCCUUUCUCCCUCCCCUGUGCCCUCUCUUCCCCUCCGCUGUUGCAGAUCGCGGCUCCCCUUGCGGAUUCGAGGGCUCACAUGGCUUUAAGAGUUGGGCAGCCUAGGUCCAGGAUUCCCUAAGUGGCAACCUCGUCGCUCCACGCCUCAGCUCGGCUCCGCACGAAGUCUGUGGCGCCCAAGUUUCUGCCCUCGGGCUCCUCUUUCUACCGGGUGCGGUAGAGCCGUGGUUGGACCAACUAGCCCGACCAAUGAGAUUAGGAGGUGGGACUGACUGAGAAGAAUUGGCCAAUGGCCACCUGUGAGGGGCAGCGAGGCGAGAGGGUUAGGAUGCCGGUCCUGCAGCCCUAGUCUGUCCACCUGCGCCCUGGGGAACCCGCCAUUCUGGCUCCUUUGCCAAGCACACCUAAGGGGAGAGGAGGAAACGGGGCGGAGCGGGCUCCGGGCAGAGGGGUGACUGCAGGAAGAGCAGAUGCGGGGGUGGGUCGGGAGCCUCGAGGACCGCGACCAGGACGGUUGGGAGAGAGAGGGGUCGUAGUGUAGAAGGCACGUGACCCUUAGGGCCUGGGGGGGUAUGUAUGGGUGUUAAUGACCGUUAGAUGGCGAGCACGUGACCAAGAGGCGUACGUUUGAGUGGGUGCCGUUGGGGCAUGAGCAGUUGUGACUUGGGGGCCCCAAUAAGGGAGGGCUUGGCCAAUCUGAAGUCCGCGGAUGGGGAGUUCUCGCUGGGUUGGGGGGAGGUCGGAGGGAAGGUGGAGGCAGGGACUCCAAGAUGAACGAAAAGAGAUGAUUGUCAUUGAGGAUAGGAAAGCAGCGGGGUGUGCCUCACCGAGAAAGGCUUGGCAGCAGACAUUCAUUGUGAUUCUCAAACAGAGUGGCGGUAUUGAGAAGUAAAACUUGCAGCACCUGCCCGCUAGAUUAGCAAAGGAACAGACGGAUAGUAACAGCUAAGUUAGAUCACACCUAGUACAGGCCAGGCACAAAUACCUCCUUGGAUAGGAAGGGGGGAGACAAAGCAGUCCAGCCACAAAGCCCUCAAGACUAGGGCUUGGGUUAUGGAUUCAAGAAGGGCCAACCGUGAGACGUUCACUUUUCCGGGGCUUAUUGACAGCCUGGAAACAAGAGGGCAAAAGAUCAUCAAAGCUAAUUCCUCAUUGUGGGUGUGAAAAGGGGGAAGAGAAGCGAGGGUGGGAAAAGCUGAAUGAGCCCAGCAGAGAUGGCUGCAGAGUGCCCAGGCCAGGGAUUCGCUGGGCAGCUAUGGAUCCAGGGACGAAGGAGAUGCAGGAGGGGCCAGUCAGGUUCUUCAGGUUUGAGAGGACAGAAGAACAGAAGAGCUGUCUUAGAGGACACCCAGAGAAGGACUCAGAAAAGCGGACCGGGAAGAGGGUAUCCAGUCUCUGAGAUCUCUUCCAGCUCUGUAUGCUGACGGUGGCUGUGGACAUGUGCUUUCCAGAGAGAGCCAAAUGCUGGUGGAGACAGGGGAAGUUCAAUUUGACGCAUCAGUUCCAGGAGCUCCCCCCGCAAUGCCCGGGCCUGGCACAAUGCUGCCCAGCUCAGCCCCCGGGCCCGACACCAGUUCUCGUCUUCUCCACCUAGAGGAAAUGGGAAUGGACCGUUACAGCCGUCCCGAGUCCGCCCCACGUCUCCAGGCCCUACUAAGCGUUUUUGCUAGUCCCCCGUCCACAAACCUGCACCUGUUACUGUUACCAGGAAACCUGGGGAAAAUCAUGGACGGACUGCUGGGGGAGGAGGGCGAGAAAAGGCACUCACUCACUCUGUAUAAAGGCCUCGUACACUUGAA